AUGGCAUCUAAUCAGAACAGUCGAGCUGUUCCUCUUGUCGCCAGUGGCCAUACACGCCCAGUGACGCAUCUCUCGUUUUCUCCUCUGCAAGAGGAUGGCUCCUAUCUCUUGAUCUCGAGCUGUAAGGAUGGCAAACCCAUGUUGCGCGAUUGGACCGGUGACUGGAUCGGCACCUUUAUGGCCCUCAUGGGACCACCAGGACACAAAGGCGCCGUUUGGAGCUCAAAACUCUCAUUGGACACGGCAAAGGCCGUCACUGGCAGUGCAGACUUUACCGCAAAAGUAUGGGACACGUACAGCGGAGAAGUCUUGCACUCGUUUCCGCACGAUCAUAUCGUUCGAACCGUCGACAUUUCACCCUCAUCGGCGCAAAUCGUUACCGGCGAUCAGACGAAAAAGAUCCGAAUCUUUGAUCUCUCUCGCCCCGACGCGGAUCCUCGCUACCUAGUGGCCAAAAACAUGGAAACUGCUCACGAAAAGUUUGUCAAGAGCGUCGUGUGGCUUCCAGACGGCCGUCAGAUUGUCAGCGGCGGAGAGGAUGGUGUCGUAAACUGGUGGGAUCUUCGUACGAGUGAUGCAGCGUAUACAGUCAAGUUUCCAAACCCUGUUACAUCUCUCGAGCUGUCCGCGCCCACGGGCACACUCGUUUUGACAUACGGCAACAACGUUUCGUUCUACCCUGUUAUGCCAGCCUCUUCUCCUUCUCAUACACUUACACUCCCUCAUGCGCCUUCUUCGGCCUCGCUUCAUCCCACCACGGGUGAUCGAUUCGUCACGGGUGCCGUUGGUGAUCCUUGGGUCAGAGUGUAUGGGCUCGUUGACGGCAACGAGUUGGAACUUUACAAGGGACACCAUGGUCCCGUCCACACGGUCAUGUACAGCCCGGAUGGAGAGAUGUAUGCGUCUGGAAGUGAGGACGGAACGAUCCGUCUGUGGCAAACUACGCCCGGCAAGUCGUACGGUCUUUGGCAAGGACAGACCAACGGCAACUCGCACUCGUAA